AUGCCAGCUUUAACAACACUUCAACAAAACAUUACACAGCAGGAUUUUGACGAGAAUGUACAAGAUCUUCAUAUUCUAUGGGGAGAUAUGGACGCCAAUUUCUCUUGGGAAGGAACCUUUCCAUUGGGAUCCGGCAUUCCAAAUGAGCUUAUAACCUUUGCCGACUUUGAUGGCUCUGAUAUUACUCCUCCUGAUAUGUCAUGCCCGCCUUCGGGGAUGUCCACCGGUGAAACACAACCCGAAAGUCUAAACUCAGAUGAUGAAGCAUCACUCUGCAAUUACCAACUUCCAUCCUUACAACAUACCGAUGACUUUGCUUCCCAAGAUCAAGAUAUUGAGAACACCUCGCAAAAUCCAGAAUUCUGCCUAGAACGCUCCGCAACUUGCGAGCUGGGUUAUCCUUGGCGUAUCAAUAAAGAGGAUUACCAGGUGAUUCUUGGAAAUAUUGGAGCAAUAUCCCAUCUUAUUCCUGGGGCCUUCAGCUUACCUUCGAAAUAUGUCUUUUGCAGAUACAUAGAGGGUUUUUUUACUGGAAGCCACGGCCAUCUACCGUUUCUGCAUUUUCCUACUAUUUCCGUUGCAUGUCUAACUCCACCGUUGAUAUUAGCCAUACUAGCUAUGGGUGCACAGUAUCGCUUCGAGCGAGAGAGGGCAGUUUGCUUUUACAAAGCCUCAAAGGCAUUAAUCGAUCAUCAUACCGAACACAGCACACGCUCACGCUCACAUUUACAUUCACAUGCUCUUUCGGAGAAGGAUAAUAUCGAGAUUCUGCAAGCACGGAUUAUCCUCACAACUCUAGGGAUAUGGGAUAGUCAAGAGCUCCUUCACGACUCACUUACAACAACCAGUCAAAUUGCACUCUAUCUUCGUGAUAGCGGGCUUCUCACGCAGGACGACCCCAUCAAUGAUGGAACAUGGGGCGACUGGAUCCGGCAAGAAGGCCGGCGUCGUACUAAAUUCAUUGCGUACAUGCUUUGCAAUAAUCAGACAAUCAUAUACCACAUGCCGCCAAAGAUUUUGAAUAGUGAAUUGAACUCACUUAAUCUUCCCUGUCCUGACGAACUCUGGAUGGCGUCGAGUGCUUCAGAAUGGAAAACUCUUCGAUCGAAAUGGCUUUACGGUGUCUCAUUUGGAGACAAAUUCGCCCAGUUAUUCCGAUCGAAGGCCUCUUACAAAGAUAACUCCAGCUUGUCCUCAUUCGGCAACCUGGUUCUAAUCCACGGCAUCUUCCAGCAAAUAUACCUAGCGUGGGAAUCGGCCUUCUAUCUCCCAGCCUCCGAAAACCAAUCUUCAUUACCACACGAAGUUCUCACAAGAUUCCACAGUGCACUUCGCCGAUGGCAGAAGAGCUGGGAAAUCAGUUCAGACCCUUCUAUAACACCAUCAUCUCCCAAAGGCCCCCUGGGAUUCAACGCAACAGCCAUAUUCCGCAUCGCAUGCAUCCGGCUACACCUCAAUCUAGGCCCACACCGCAGUUUAGGAACAUGGGAUCCAAAAACAAUUGCAUCCGCCUUUUUAAACGCACCGAAGCCAGCACAGGUCCCACUAGUCUAUCACGCUGUACUCCAAUCCAUACACGCUCUUUCCAUCCCUGUACGACUCGGCAUCGAAUAUGUCGCGAGGACACAGACAUUAACGUGGAGCACUAUUCACUCCCUGUGUAAUAUUGAAUGCGCCUUGUUCUUGUGCAAGUGGUUGGAAACUCUAGCUGAAGACCCGACAAAUCUCCAUCGGGAUGAGCGACGGCUAUUGAGAAUUAUCAUGAGUGUUCUGAGGGAAGCGGACUUGGCUCAGCCGUUAGGUGAUGAGUUGAAAAUAGGAAGUACUCAGAUUCGGCGCGUUGGAGCGAUGCUUAUUCGUUUGCUCUCGGAAAUAUUGAAGGGCUCGCAUGUCUUUGAGAUGAUGCAUGUUUUUUGUGAGGCUUUACGCAUUUAUUCUUAUACCCUGGAGAGUCAGACAGAAAAAUAA